GCAGCUGUAUAUUGUGAUAAGUGGGAAAAUGUCAGUGCAACAAAUUUUUGAAAUGUCUAAUUUGGUGUGAUUUCAGCGAGGAGGACAUGUAUCGUGACGCAGAUGAAAUAGAAAAGGAGAAAGAAUUACUUAUACAUGAAAAAGGAUCAUCAGAACUCAGAUUAAGUGUAGCUCCUGAAAUGGAUAUCAUGGACUACUGCAAAAAAGAAUGGAGGGGAAAUACACAGAAAGCGACGUGUAUGAAAAAGGGCUACGAGGAGGUGUCUCAGAAAUUCACCUCCAUAAGGCGAGUCCGUGGAGAUAAUUACUGUGCGCUGAGGGCCACACUGUUCCAGGCCAUGAGCCAGCCGGCGGCACUGCCCUCUUGGCUUCUGGACCCGGAGCUCACGCUGUUACCAGAAAAACUCAUAAGCAAAUACAACUGGAUCAAACAGUGGAAACUUGGACUGAAAUUUGAGGGGAAGAGUGAGAACCUGGUUGAUAAAAUCAAGGAGUCCCUCAUUCUGCUAAGGAAGAAGUGGGCAGGCUUGGCCGAAUUGAGAACUGCCGAAGCAAGGCAGAUAGCUUGUGAUGAACUGUUCACAAAUGAAGAGGAGGAAUACAGCCUCUAUGAAGCUGUAAAAUUUCUAAUGCUGAACAGAGCCAUUGAACUAUAUGAUGAUAAAGAGAAGGGAAAAGAAGUACCAUUUUUCUCUGUGCUUCUGUUUGCUCGGGACACAUCAAAUGACCCUGGACAGCUGCUGAGGAACCAUCUAAACCAGGUGGGACACACUGGUGGCCUUGAACAGGUUGAAAUGUUCCUUCUCGCCUAUGCCGUCCGCCACACCAUCCAGGUGUACCGCCUCUCCAAGUACAGCACUGAAGAGUUCAUCACAGUCUACCCCACUGACCCACCCAGAGACUGGCCGGUGGUGACCCUGAUCGCUGAGGACGAUCGGCACUACAACAUCCCCGUCAGAGUGUGUGAGGAGACGAGUCUGUGAGAGAAGCAUGCCGGGACAGCCUGGCGAUGUGGCCAAGGUGCGCAGGCAGCUCCUUGGCUUGGUCUUCGGGCCUGUGAGUCUCUUAGAAUGACCUGUGAGAACUCUUGGGCCCUGUGAGCCAAGCUGGACUGGGAUGUUCUGAAGACUAGCGUUUGAUAAGAAGAAUUAACCAAGUUUUUCCCCUCAUCUGUGAUGCAGCAUGUUUCAGGGGGGGGCCUUCAGAGCACGCCUGUUGGAAGGUGCAAACUACACUUCUCCAAAAACAAAUACUUUUGUAUCAGAGGAGACUCAUUUUGGAGAGGAUUGUAUUCUUUAUGUCUCAAAUCAAAACUUUCUCUAAUUGUAAA